GCAAGCGCUGCGGCGGCCCUCGGCGCCCUCCCACGACCGGAAGUUCGGGUCGCGCUUCCGGCGGCGGCCUGGGGCCGGGGGUGUGCUGGGUUCUCCGCCCCGGGACAGCCCGGCGCGCGGCGGGCGGGGCGAGUGGUGCGGAGCGAGUGAGGAGUCCUCUGGUGCGUCCUUGCCCAGCAUGGCUAAGCCAGCAAGCAAAGAUUCAGGCUUGAAGGAGAAGUUCAAGAUUCUUUUGGGACUGGGGACUCCACGGCCAAAUCCCAGGUCUGCAGAGGGCAAACAGACUGAGUUUAUCAUCACCGCGGAAAUCCUGAAAGAGCUGAGUGUUGAAUGUGGCCUCAAUAAUCGCAUCCGGGUGAUAGGGCAGAUCUGUGAGGUUGCCAGAACGAAGAAAUUCGAAGAGCACGCGGUAGAAGCACUCUGGAAGGCCGUCUCGGACCUGCUGCAGCCAGAGCGGCCACCCGAGGCCCGGCACGCGGUGCUGUCUCUGCUGAAGGCCAUCGUGCAGGGGCAGGGGGACCGCCUGGGCGUUCUCAGGGCCCUCUUCUUCAAGGUCAUCAAGGAUUACCCCUCUAACGAAGACCUCCACGAGAGACUGGAAGUUUUCAAGGCCCUCACAGACAAUGGGAGACACAUCACCUACUUGGAAGAAGAGCUGGCGGACUUUGUCCUGCAGUGGAUGGACGUUGGCCUGUCCUCCGAAUUCCUCCUGGUGCUCGUGAACUUAGUCAAAUUCAACAGCUGUUACCUUGAUGAAUACAUCGCAUCCAUGGUCCACAUGGUCUGCCUGCUGUGUGUCCAGACCGUGUCCUCCGUGGACAUAGAGGUGUCUCUGCAGGUGCUGGAUGCUGUGGUCUGCUACAACUGUCUGCCAGCCGAGAGCCUCCCCCUAUUCAUCGUCACUCUCUGCCGCACCAUCAACGUCAAGGAGCUCUGUGAACCUUGCUGGAAGCUGAUGCGCAACCUCCUGGGCACCCACCUGGGCCACAGCGCCAUCUACCACAUGUGCCGCAUCAUGGAAGACAGAGCCUACAUGGAGGACGCACCGCUGCUGAGAGGAGCCGUGUUCUUUGUUGGCAUGGCUCUCUGGGGUGCCCACCGGCUCUAUUCUCUCAAGAACUCCCCAACAUCUGUGUUGCCGUCGUUUUAUGAGGCCAUGACCUGUCCGAAUGAGGUGGUGUCCUACGAGAUUGUCCUCUCCAUAACCAGACUCAUCAAGAAGUACAGGAGGGAGCUCCAGGCCGUGACCUGGGACAUCCUGCUGAGCAUCAUCGAGCGCCUGCUCCAGCAGCUCCAGAGCCUGGACAGCCCAGAGCUGAGCGCCAUCGUGCACGACCUGCUGAGCACAGUGGAGGAGCUGUGUGACCAGAACGAGUUUCACGGCUCGCAGGAGAGAUACUUUGAACUCGUGGAGAGGUGUGCGGACCAGAGGCCUGAGUCGUCCCUUUUAAACUUAAUAACCUACAGGGCUCAGUCCAUCCAUCCAGCGAAGGACGGCUGGAUCCACAACCUGCAGCUGCUGAUGGAGAGGUUCUUCAGGAACGAGUCACGCAGCGCCGUGCGCAUCAAGGUGCUGGACGUCCUGUCCUUCGUGCUGCUCAUCAACAGGCAGUUCUACGAGGAGGAGCUUAUCAACUCAGUGGUCAUCUCGCAGCUCUCCCACAUCCCUGAGGAUAGAGACCACCAGGUCCGGAAGCUGGCCACUCAGCUGCUUGUAGAUCUGGCCGAAGGCUGCCACACCCACCACUUCAACAGCCUACUGGACAUUGUUGAGAAGGUGAUCGCCCGUUCCCUCUCUCCGCCCCCCGAGCUGGAGGAGAGGGAUGUGGCCACGUACUCGGCCUCCUUGGAGGAUGUGAAGACUGCGGUCCUGGGGCUCCUGGUCAUCCUUCAGACCAAGCUGUAUGCCCUGCCUGCCAGCCAUGCCACACGCGUGUACGAGACGCUGGUCAGCCACAUUCAGCUCCACUACAAGCACAGCUACACCCUGCCCAUUGCCAGCAGCAUCCGUCUGCAGGCCUUUGACUUCCUGCUGCAGCUGCGGGCCGACUCACUGCACCGCCUGGGCCUGCCCAGCAAAGACGGGCUUGUGAGGUUCAGCCCCUACUGCGUCUGUGACUACCUGGAGACAGACAGGAGCUCCGAGAAGAAGGCCGGGGGCCCCCUGUCCCCGCCUGCCGGGACCCCUGGCCCUGUGCCUGCGGGCCCUGCCGUGCGCCUUGGGUCCCUGCCCUACUCCUUGCUCUUCCGUGUUCUGCUGCAGUGUCUGAAGCAGGAGACUGACUGGAAGGUGCUGAAGCUGGUGCUCAGCAAACUGCCCGAGUCGCUGCGCUAUAAGGUCCUCAUCUUUACCUCGCCAUGCAGUGUCGACCAGCUGUCCGCCGCCCUCUGCUCCAUGCUUUCAGGUCCCAAGACCCUGGAACGGCUCCGAGGCACUCCAGAAGGCUUCUCCAGAACCGACCUGCAUCUUGCUGUGGUUCCCGUACUGACAGCCCUGAUCUCUUACCAUAACUACUUGGACAAAACUAGACAGCGGGAGAUGGUGUACUGCCUGGAGCAAGGCCUCAUCUACCGCUGUGCCAGCCAGUGUGUGGUGGCCCUGGCCGUGUGCAGCGUGGAGAUGCCUGACGUCAUCCUCAAGGCGCUGCCCGUCCUGGUUGUGAAGCUCACACACAUCUCGGCCACGGCCAGCAUGGCCAUCCCGCUCCUCGAGUUCCUGUCCACUCUGGCCAGACUGCCUCACCUCUACAGGAACUUCGCAGCAGAGCAGUAUGCCAGUGUGUUUGCCAUCUCCCUGCCGUAUACCAACCCCUCUAAGUUCAAUCAGUACAUCGUGUGCCUGGCCCAUCACGUCAUAGCCAUGUGGUUCAUCAGGUGCCGGCUGCCCUUCCGGAAGGACUUUGUUCCUUACAUCACCAAGGGUCUGCGCUCCAACGUCCUCCUGUCUUUCGAUGACACCCCCGAGAAGGACAGCUUCCGAGCGCGGAGCACCAGUCUCAACGAGAGGCCCAAGAGUUUGAGGAUAGCCAGACCCCCCAAACAAGGCUUGAAUAACUCUCCACCCGUGAAAGAACUCAAGGAGAGCUCUGCAGCCGAUGCCUUCCGGUGCCGCAGCAUCAGUGUGUCUGAACAUGUGGUCCGCAGCAGGAUCCAGACCUCUCUCACGAGCGCCAGCUUGGGGUCUGCAGACGAGAACUCGAUGGCCCAGGCUGACGACAACUUGAAAAACCUCCACCUGGAGCUCACAGAGACAUGUCUGGACAUGAUGGCCAGAUACGUGUUCUCCAACUUCACGGCGGUCCCCAAGAGGUCCCCCGUGGGAGAGUUCCUCCUGGCUGGUGGCAGGACCAAAACCUGGCUGGUUGGGAACAAGCUUGUCACUGUGACGACAAGCGUGGGAACCGGGACCCGGUCACUGCUAGGCCUGGACUCUGGAGAGCUGCAGGGCGGCCCGGAGUUGAGCUCUGACCCCAGCAUGCAUGUGAGACAGACAAAGGAGGCGCCCGCCAAGCUGGAGUCCCAAGCUGGGCAGCAGGUGUACCACGGAGCCCGGGACCGGGUCCGCUCCAUGUCCGGGGGCCAUGGCCUUCGCGUGGGUGCCUUGGACGCUCCAGCCUGCUACUUCCCCAGCAGCCCCACGUCCCCGGGCUCCCAGACCGCUCCAGCCGGCCAGCCUGAGAAGGCCUCAGCUGGCAGCCCGCUCCCAGCACAGAAGGAGAAGACAAACCUGGCCGCUUACGUGCCCCUGCUGACCCAGGGCUGGGCAGAGAUCCUGGUCCGCAGGCCCACAGGGAACACCAGCUGGCUGAUGAGCCUGGAGAACCCGCUCAGCCCCUUCUCCUCGGACAUCAACAGCAUGCCGCUGCAGGAGCUGUCCAAUGCCCUCAUGGCCGCCGAGCGCUUCAAGGAGCGCCGCGACACAGCCCUGUACAAGUCGCUGUCGGUGCCGGCGGCCGGCUCAGCCAAGCCAUCCCCGCCCCCACGCUCCAACACAGGGGUCCUGUCUGCCCUUGCCCACCUGCCUUGCCGGGGGAGCUCCCCGGGGGAGCUACCAGGGCAGCUUCUGUGGAUGCUGGGAUGCUCAGAUUCUGCAGUAGUCCUGGAGGAGGGAGGUCCAGGUGAGGCCGGUUUGUCUGCAGAGCCUCCUGAGUUGGAAGAUUUUGAGGCGACACUGGGCUCCGCCGGGCGCUGUGGGCGCAGCGACGCUUUCAGCAGGUCAUCUUCCACCUCCAGCCAGGAGGAGAAGUCAUUCCAUGCCGAGGAGUUGCCUCCUGGGGGCAUCCCCAUCGAGCGGGCAGUCUCCUCGGAGGGUUCCCGGGCCUCCGUGGACCUCGCCUUCCAGCCCUCUCAGCCCCUGAGCAAGUCCAGCUCGUCGCCUGAACUGCAGACCCUGCAGGACAUCCUGGGGGACCCCGGGGACAAGGCUGAGGUCGGCCGGCUGAGCCCCGAGGCCAAGGCCCGGUCGCAGUCAGGGAUCCUGGACGGGGAAGGUGCCGCCUGGUCAGCCCCGGGUGAAGAACGCCGGGGCCGGGGCCCUGCCCAGCCAGAGGGCCCCCUGCCUUCCAGCUGUCCCCGCUCCCCCAGCGGGCUGCGGCCCCGAGGCUACACCAUCUCGGAUUCAGCCCCGUCACGCAGGGGCAAGAGGGUGGAGAGGGAUGCCUUCAAAAACCAAGCAGGGACCUCCAACACUGAGAAGGUGCCAGGCAUCAACCCCAGCUUCGUGUUCCUGCAGCUCUACCACUCACCGUUCUUCGGUGACGAGUCCAACAAGCCAAUCCUUUUGCCUAACGAGUCUUUCGAACGGUCAGUGCAGCUCCUUGAUCAGAUCCCGUCAUACGACACGCACAAGAUCGCGGUCCUAUACGUGGGAGAAGGCCAGAGCAACAGCGAGCUCGCCAUCCUGUCCAACGAGCACGGCUCCUACAGGUACACAGAGUUCCUCACGGGGCUGGGCAAGCUCAUCGAGCUCAAGGACUGCCAGCCGGACAAGGUGUACCUGGGCGGCCUGGACGUGUGCGGCGAGGAUGGCCAGUUCACCUACUGCUGGCACGACGACAUCAUGCAAGCUGUCUUCCACAUCGCCACCCUGAUGCCCACCAAGGACGUGGACAAGCACCGCUGUGACAAGAAGCGCCACCUGGGCAACGACUUCGUGUCCAUCGUCUACAACGACUCUGGCGAGGACUUCAAGUUGGGCACCAUCAAGGGCCAAUUCAACUUCGUCCACGUGAUUAUCACGCCCCUGGACUACGAGUGCAACCUGGUGUCUCUGCAGUGCAGGAAAGACAUGGAGGGCCUUGUGGACACUAGCAUGGCCAAGAUCGUGUCUGACCGAAACCUGCCCUUCGUGGCCCGCCAGAUGGCCCUGCACGCAAAUAUGGCCUCGCAGGUGCACCAUAGCCGCUCCAACCCCACCGACAUCUAUCCCUCCAAGUGGAUUGCCAGGCUCCGCCACAUCAAGCGGCUGCGCCAGCGGAUCCGUGAGGAAGCCCACUACUCAAGCGCCAGCCUGCCCCUGAUGCAGACACACCCUCCUGGUCAUGCCAAGGCUCCGGCACAGGCCCCAGCCGAGUCCACACCCACCUAUGAGACGGGCCAGCGGAAACGCCUGGUCUCCUCUGUGGACGACUUCACUGAGUUCGUGUGAGGCUGUGCAGGGUGGGUACUUGGACCCGUGGGGCUUCUCUGACUCGGACAUAUCCUGGGCUGUUCCAGCUGUUUGAGCAGCUGUGCUGCCAGACCCUCCCUGCCCCCGUGGCGCUGGGUGAUAUUUAUCUGUGCAAAUAAAGUGCUGGUGUGGCCCAGGCCUGUGCACUCA